UAAAUUUUAGAUAAAGUCAUAGUACAAUUAUUCUCAACCCCCCUUAAAAUCCAAGACCCUCAGCCAUUUCCUUCAUAACUAGCUAUCAUCGGGCUCAAAGGUCUAUCAUUUAUUUUCUGAUAAAUCUAUUUAUCUUCAAUGCUCAUACAUGUGUUAAACGAAAUUAAAAGGAAGAAAAUUAUAUUAGCUAGUAAUUCGCCAAGAAGAAAAGAAAUUUUAGGAAAAAUAUUAAAUUUUGAAAUAUAUCCUGUGCAAUAUGAUGAAUCUUUUUUGUUAUUAUGUGACCCAGACGAUUAUGUUAAACAAUUGUCUUUAAAUAAGGCUGAAACGGCUAAAAAUAAUAUUCCUAAUAAAUAUUUUGAUUUAUUAAUUUCGGCAGAUACAGUGGUCAGUUUAGAAAAAGAAAUAAUUGGUAAACCUAAAAAUAAUCAAGAUGCAAUAAACAUCCUUAAUAAACUGAAUAAUAAAGAGCAUGCUGUAUAUACUGGGGUAACUAUGAUAUAUAAAUUACAAAAUGGUAUGUAUGAUACAAAAACAUUUUCAGCUAUGACCAAAGUAAAAAUGGCAAAUUUGAACCAGGAGCUAAUAAGAGCAUAUGUCAAAUCUGGAGAACCAAUGGAUAAAGCUGGUGCUUAUGGAAUACAAGGUCUAGGCUGCUUAUUGAUUGAAGGAAUUCAGGGAGAUUUUUAUAAUGUCAUGGGAUUUCCAUUACAAAUGUUUUCAAAAGAGUUAUAUUGUUUAUAUGAAAAAUAUUGGAAAUCUUAAUGGCCAUAAUGUGAUUUAUACCUUUUACUUAUUACUUA